AUGACAGAUGAGAGUAGUGGGGAACACUCAGUGUCGGAUACGGAUUCUGAAUAUGACCCCGUGGAGAGCAUCAGUUCACUGACCGAUUCAGAGGAGGAAAAGACCCCAGAAAAAAGAAUCCGGCAUAGUGAAGAGCAGCAGGCAACCACCAGCAAUGAAAUACAUCAUGGUGAAGUCACUGAAGUGGUGAGCACCAACGAUGUUAUACACCCAGAUGAAGAGCCAAAAGAUUUAUUAAAUUUAAUUGUAGACCAGAGUAACCGGUAUGCCCAGCAGUACAUCACAAAUAAUCCAAAUUCAUAUUAUGCCCGUCCAUUUGAGUGGAAGCCUCUUAUAGUUGAAGAAUUUAAAAUCUUCCUUGGACUUACACUAAAUAUGGGACUCACAAAGAAAAAUGUAUUGCGGUCCUACUGGUCCACCAACCCUAUUCACCACAUGCCACUUUAUUCCUCUGUUAUGUCCAGGACGCGCUAUACAAUGAUUAUGAGGUUUCUCAGUUUUACUGAAAGUUCCAUGUGCCUUCCCCGAAAUGACCCUGGAUAUGACAAGCUUUACAAAAUCCGGCCACUUAUCAAUUUUUUUUCCAAGAAAUUUUCUCAGCUUUAUACUCCCGACAAACAUAUUUCCAUUGAUGAGUCCCUCAUCCAUUUUACAGGCAGGCUGGGCAUCAAACAAUAUAUCCCAAAUAAACGUUCCAGAUAUGGGGUGAAGUUAUAUAAACUUUGUGAGAGGGCCACAGGGUACACAUAUGACUUCCGUGUUUAUGAAGGAAAAGACAAACAGCUGGAGCCCCCUGGAUGCCCAACAUAUAUGGGUAGCAGUGGAAAAAUAGUUUGGGACCUUGUAUCGCCUCUAUUUCAUCAGGGAUACCAUCUCUAUGUGGACAAUUUUUAUACCAGCCUGCCACUUUUCCGCCACCUUUAUCUGCAGCAAACGGUAGCUUGUGGUACAAUUCGAGUAAAUCGCAAGGGCUUCCCACAAAGACUGGUCAACACGAAGCUGAAAAACGGGGAAUUGGCAAGUAUGCGGAAUGAAGAGAUUUUGGCCCUUAAAUGGAAGGAUAAGAGAGAUGUGUACGUCCUUUCCUCCAUUCACAAAGAAACUUCAGUGGAAAUCCAAGGAAGGCAAGGUUUGGUCCAAAAACCUGAUUGCAUACACGACUACAAUCAAUUCAUGGGAGGUGUCGAUUUUAACGACCAAAUGAUGCAACCCUACCGGGCAACCAGAAGAUCCCGUUUCUGGUACAAAAAAGUGUCCAUAUACCUAUUUCAGUUGGCCAUUUACAACUCCUUCGUCAUCUAUCAUAAGUCCACGGAAAGAUCUGGUGCCUUCCUAGACUUCCAAGAGGCGAUUGUAACAGAGCUUAUUUACCAUGAAGGCUCUGCACCUGAUAACAUUUAUUCUGAUGCAGUCGGCAGGCUGCAUGGGAGACACUUCCCAUAUACCGACCCUUUGCCUGGAUAA